AAGAGAAGGAGAGCACGAAUGACGGUCACAUGGCAUCGUAGCGGGCUACUCUUCUGCCCUGACUUGUCAGUAUUCCGUGAAGUGUUGUGCCGUGACUGCGUGCGGCCCUUCUUACGUCUACAACCCCGCGCAACACCGCUUGGAAAACGUUCUAGAACACUCGUUUUUUUCCCCCUCUCGUCCUUCGAUUGCCUCCUUUUACGAGAGAAAGAAUCUUUCUCGUUAUUUCUAUUCAACAAGAUCGUGCAAGAAUAACAAACGUAACAAACGAUGAUGAAUUGAAUUUCUUACGAUGGUCGAAACGCCUCUUUCGAAAACAUUGUUCUCUCUUUCGAGCAAGGAUCUCGAAAACGAUUGGUGGAAACGAGGAAGAAGAUUGAACGGUUAAACGAUUGGCUCGUGCGAUUGGUUGUUCUUCUCGAAGUGACACGCUUGAGGAAAAGAUAAAAAUUGGAAUUUUCGUGAUAUAAUAUUUCAGGUUAAGUUUGAAGAUAAAGGUUGAGGAUAUACCUCGUGCGUUUUUCCUCGAAGAUUUAAGAAGGUUGAAGCGAACGAAUUCUCGAUGGAAUAAAAUUUCCUUCUGGUAGUGGGAUAAAUUCUAUUUCUGGUGGAAGUAUACUAUUUUCGAAGAUUUCCUAUUUUCGUCCGACACGUUCAAUCUUACGCAAUUGAAGGUGAAAACUGGACGUGCAAGUUGAAUCGAACGUUAAUCGAGAAUCAAUCGUUCAAAAUACGUACGUUGACGAGUUUCUGGCGCGAAUCACGAGUCGAGAUUCCUCUCUUCUUAAAAUUCUGCGGAUGGCAUCCUCGUCGAAGACGAGGAUCCUAGUGUGAUUCGGUUUAGGAAUCGUUCGAAUAAGAGUUUGGAGGUCGAUCCGUCUAAAGAUAGUGGUUCGAAGGUCUCCGCGGAGGAAUUUGGGAGCCAUUUUGGGAAGUUGGAACGAGGAAAGAAUCAGAAAAUAAGAGGGGGGGGGAUAAAAUUGAAUAUUAAAAUUGAUAGAAAAAAGUGGUAGAAGAAAAAAAUAUUAAGUGGAAGAAGAAAAAAAAGGGUUCGAAGAAAUACUCGUUGAUAAUUGGUCGUAGCCACUUUUCGAGAAGUGUAUCGAAGUGGAACUCGAAGGAAAAAACUAACAGGAGCAUCAUUUAACGUUGUCUGAGGAACGCGCGCCGCUCGAGUGUACUUUUGAUGCGGUGAAUCAACCGAGGUCGAAAUAAAAAGGAAGUUAUCGAAACGAACGUUCGAAGAGUCUUGUUAACGAAGGAAUAAUGCCACCUUUCAUGCCUUCCUCUCGUUACAUUCCCAUCCCGUAGCCUGUACCCUUCUUUUCUUCGAAGAUUCAAUCGAUCAAACCAACACGUGUUCUAUCCUCCGACUAAAAUUCAAUCACUGAGAAAUUACUCGAGAUUAUCAUCCAAGAAGAUCUUGGAAAAUAUUUCAACUAAUUCGUACUAAGACGAGGAAAGAAUGGGCAUUUUAAGAAGGGAUAUCGAUCGAUUAUCGAUUAGAAUCUAAAGAUAGGUAAGUUUCUUUUUUUUUUUUGUAUUCUCGUAAAAUGUGUCUCUUGUCGGCUUCUCAUAAUUCAUAAAAAUUCACGCAAUAAAAGUCAGACGAUACUUUUCCACCGCCACUUUGAAAGAAUGUUUUAUCUCUCCUCGAAAAAUCCUAUUCCAGGCAAAUAUUGUUCUCGUAGACUGCGAGCACGUGGACGAUCAGCUGAUCGAACGACCAUGUCGCUUUCCGUGAAUCUAAACCUCCGCGCGUCUAACCUCACUUUAUUCGCAUUCUUCCCUUCGAUGUGUUCUCGGAAUAAUAUUAUUCCUUAACUUUCUCUCUCUCUCUCUCUCUUUCUUUCAACUUUCAAAUACGUUUUUCUUUCCACGUUUCAACGAAACGAUAUAUAUUUUACGUUUGACCCGACGACGAAUACUUUUAAGGCGUCGAGAAAUCCGUACGAAUAUUCCAUUAGGAAUUAGGCAGGCCGCUCGCGGUGUAUAUUAAUAGAUCGAACCUGACAGCCGAACUUAACCAGACACGACGCUCGAACGUUACACGCGAAUUCGUUUUCAUUUUCGUAUUACUCGACUCGACCUCGAGUCGAUGUAAGUUUUAUUUUUUCCAUGGAAUUCGUUCUUUUGUUUACGUUCUUUCUUUAUUUUCGAAUUUUUCACAUCAUUUUCCCCCUUAAUUAAACGAAACAAUUAAGAAAAAAAGCGGAUCCAGAAUUAUCUUUAAAAUACAUUUUUACAUAGGGAUAAACAUUACAGUUUAAAUUUAGCAAAUUCACGCGGUAGCGUUACGCAAAUAAUCGAUUAGCAAUGCUAAUAAUAGCGCGUAAUGAUUUGUAUAAAAUUAAUUUCGGAUAUAUUUCUAUUGGCUCGAACGAAUCGAAUGUUUUAAUUAGACGUUUGUUUUUGGAUCGCGAGCUAUGUAUAAUAAAAGCGAACACGUGUCAGUAUUUGUCGGCGAGAGGGAAAAUUUGUGGACACGUGUCCAUCGAGCGAUCAUUCUUUAUUUCCUUGUGUGAAAUGUUUCUUUAUAGCGUAGAUAAUUUAACGUUUCUGGUCUCGUGCUCGCCUUUGUCGAUUCGAGUAUCGAUUCGGGAGAAAGUAUAUGGAGGAAGUUUAUCGGUUGCACCGAAUUCAAUGGCAGGACGGCCUUGAUCCAUAACGAGGAGCACACGCGUGGAAGGAUAAACACUUGGGUGACGAAGGAAUCGAGCGUUGCAUAGGAUCAAGAGCGGGGAAGGGUUUUCUCGCGGCAAGAGGUCAGCAUGGCAGUCGACAACCCCUCGUAUUUUUCGUUGUCGAGCGGGGGGACGUCGUCGUCGUCGUCGUCCUCGGCGCAGGCAACGGGCGCCGUCGCCUUCUCGCCACCCUCGAAGCCUGGGUUGACGGCCCUGUUCCGUCGGCGCCCCUGCAAAACGGCAACAGGGGAGGGCGUGAGGGGAAGCGGCUCGGAGGAGCGGUGCACCGCGCCGAGGAGCAACCCGCCCUGCAACGGGUCUCAGGGAGGCCCCUGCGCCAACCAGAGGAGGAGCUUCAGGAGCUUGUUCAGGUCCGUGAGCGCGAACGCGGACCCCGAGAGGACCCAGCAGUUCCUCAAGGGCGACCCAAGGCCGUCCGACGUCGCCCCACCCUCGCCCUAUCUGCCCCACAGGUCGCACUCGCACUCGGAAAACGACAAGAGGCGGCCGGGGCGGAGCAGGGCGGCGUUGAAGUCGGCCAGCGAGCUUUUGUCCAACGAUAUGGUGUAUUGCGGGUUGGCGAGGGAUAAUCACGGGGACGAGAACGAGGAAGAUGAAGGAGAGGGGGAGGAGGAAGGAGAAGGGGAGGAAGAUCGGGAGUCGAACGAGGUGUUCGUAGGCGUGGACGAUGCCAGGUAUUACAAUCUCUCGUCCGGUAUACCGGGAACGGGUCGAAGAAGACACUCGAUCAGCACUUUCUUGGGUAAGGAGAGAGGCCUUUGCUCGAGCAAGCUCGACAACGUGUCGACGAGGAAACAGCAGAGCUCGGCCGGUUUGGCGGAGCCUGACGCGAUGGCGCCACCUGUGCCGACGGUUGACAGCGUGGACGGGGAGGAGCGGAGGCCGAGGUCCUGCAGUAGAUCCAGACGCAGGAGGCAUCGAAGCGCUUCGAGCAAAGGUUCUCGUUCAGCAACCGGGCUAUCGAAGAUCGAUUCGCAUCCCGAAGAUGACGUACUUUUUGUAUCGAGCAAAGACAGCGAAAUUUCAAGCUUAUGGGUUAAUUAUCUCACCGCCUGUUUCGAGCAGAUCAGUAGGCAACAGGGCCGGCCGCCUUUCAAAGUUCGUCACGUGACUGUGGAAGAAUCGAUACAAGCCGGCACCGAGGAGAGGAUUCGAUCGGCACGUUUGCAGAUCGUUGUCGUGUGUCCAAUAUUGUUGGAACGGAUUCAAAAUCGUCCGGAACACGCGACGAAUCUCUCCAGACAAUUGAUCACCGACAAAGUGCUCGCGAUGAUGUUAGGUGUACACGAUAACCACAUCAGCGAGCUUCACAAAUCGAUUCUGGUCUCGUAUAAUCAGUGGAGGAAAUUCUUCGUGAAAGACCAGGACGAGACGUUUGUUGGUGAAUUAUUGGGUGCAGCUAUUGGAAUUCUUGGUACCACGCCACCUCCUGCAUUGAGAAGCGACAAAACGGCGUUUUCGGUUCAUCCGAAGAAAGUGAAGUUGGGCCACAAUCGGAUAAUAGCGUUGCUGAAUGAUCCCUUACGACCCGAGGAUAACGUGUCGGUGAUCGUGGAUCGUUGCGGCGAGGCGAUCGACAUCGCCCACGUGAAACGAAGGAAUCCCUACGCCUUGCAAUUCUCCAUUCCUGACAGAUGUUUGGAAGUGUCGAUGCUGGUCGGUGUUCGUAUAUCGAAGAACGGUUGUCCGUUGGGUGUGAGACAGGUGAAGUGCGAGAGCAGGCUCAGGGAACUCGAUCAGAUCCUCAGGGCUCACGACAAUCCCUUAGAAUUUAUGUGUCAGACAUUUGGCUUCAAUCCUGGUGACAGGGAACAAUUGGAUAAUUGGAUGGUCCACGCGUUUCAACGAAACGUUCCACCGCAUUUUAACCUCCUAUCCACGCCCAGUGGAGUGGUCUCUGCUCAAAAAGUCCACUCGAGUCCCGAAGAAAAUCCGACGUUGCUACAUUUCGCCGCCCGUUUCGGUCUGGAACGAUUAGCUUGGCAACUAUUGGAAUGUCCAGGCGGUGACAUAGCAUGCGAUCUGAGGAACGUGUCGGAACUCACUCCUGCGGAUCUUGCGGAGCAGGCGGGACACGCGAGACUUGCGCAUCAGCUUCGUGGCUACAUGCAAAUGAACGAGUUCACUAACAUGUACAGCUACUUGAAAGUGAUCAGCGAGACCACGACGGAUCAAGCGGCAAGUACGGAACCAUCAACGACUAACACAACAAACGAAACCAAUAACGACAAGGAAGAUUAUUGUCGUCCACGACCUUUGAGCGAAGCUUAUUCGGUACCACCGGCCGCAAGACCAAUAACGUCCAUAAUCUUGCCAGGUCAAUUACCAGUAACCACUACUAAUCCCAUUGAGGCGAAUUACUCGAUCGUACCAGCACCAACUCCAGUCAUCGUCAACCCAUCAACACCGACAUCGACGUCAACCAUUACGAACGGCCUUGAACUUUCUCUUCAAGGUUACAUGAAAAUGCAUCCAGCUGGUCCCAAAACACCAACAUCGAAUAUACCAAACCAGCAACCGUCCCGAACAGGGACGCCUACGCAGAAUCGUUCAGAUUCUCAUCCCGUGGCUGCUCGAGAGGAAAACAGUCAAUCUUCCUGCUCUUAUGGAAGAACGACUUCCAAUUGCAGCAGCGUGAAAUCGAGGGAGCCGUCCGGACCUCAGGACGAGUUAUUAGAGAUCAUAAACGACUUCAAGAAUAACGUGUUCACGAUAACAGAAGUGGAGAGAUUGGUCGAGAAUUGGAGGAAUCGUAACGACGUUCAACAAAGCUUCAAAGACAAACAGAGGCAGCUCACUGCAAUGAGAGAAGAGUAUGAAAGGAUACAGAAAAGAAUGAAAGAAGAGAUGAAGGCUCCAACGCCUUUUGAUAGAAUUAGGAAAUUCUUUUCUAAAGGAAAGAAAGAUUCGAAAGAUUCUUCGAAUGGAAGUGACGAUUCUUCUUCGACCGGCAAAACAGAGAAUGUUAAUGGCGCACUGGCUGAUCGUAGACCAGUUAGUAGUUUGAGUCUGCGUAGCGUUUCAAGCUCCUCUUCAUCUGGUAGAAUGAGUACUGCUAGCGGAUGUAGCGGAACUAGUUUAGGCGAUAGUGGAACUCAUUCUGAUACCGAGGAUCGUCGGUUACAAAAUGUCAGAGAGGACAAACCGGGUGUGAUGUCGUACGAAAUACCACCAACUCCGAAACCAUUCACUGGAAGAUAUUCACCGGCGCUUAGAUAUUCUCCCUCUCCUCGUUCCUCGACUGGAAACGAUCUUGAUCUGAGACCAUCGCAGACGCCAUCAAGGACCGAGGAUACUGAAUAUUACAUCGCCUUUCCACCUUCGGGAUUACCCAUCCAUUCUUUCAAGACAGAGACUUCUCUGAAGGAACCAAAAACACCAAACUCCCCCUGUGAUCAUCCCAAGUACCUGGAUAUGAUACAAAAUUCAUCUCCAGCAACAACUGAUAUCUUAGAAUCAGACGCAUCUUCUAGACAUCCUGGUAACAGUUAUGCAAACAUAGAUCCUACUACGUUGAACUCCGCGCCAGUGCCGCCAGCUGGCAUUCCUACAAAUUACGUGAACGUGAGACCCGCCUGCGUCACUUCGUUUCAAGAAACUGUCCAAGGUCACCAGAUUGAACAGAGACACUUGCUCGAAUCAAGUCACGUGUGCGAAACUUCAAAAAACUCGUUCAAGGUCGAGACAUCCAAUAAUGGGCAAGGUCAAGAUCAUAUCACGAAUGAAAUCCAAAGUAAAAAUAAUCAAGGUCAUGUUGCGAAUGAAGUCGAAAGUAAAAGCAACGAGGAAUACGUGGAAACAAAUUUGAUGAAUAAUUCGGAGGACGUGGAUGUGCCGGAUAUCGGUAAACUACCGGAAUAUAUGAAUGUCGAUGUUCCUCAGGAUCACAAAGCCGAUGUAACGAACAUGCCUGCACCUCCCGUUCCACCAAGAGGUAAAAUUGCUUUUUUUCUUUUUACGUCGAUAUGAAUAUUUGUUAUCGUAUUAGAAAAAAUUAGGGAAAAAUAUAGCGUUGAAUAAUGAAAUUUGUUCGAAGUGUAACUAAAUUAUAAAAAUUCCUGACUUAUUCAUCGUAUAUCGAGAAAAAAUUUUAUAAAUUACUCUUUAAGGAAAAUUAUAUUCAACGAGUAAAAAAGUUCAUUGAAAUCUAUUCCACGAACAUGUUGCAGAUUAAUCAUUGCUUGUUCCCCCUUUCACUUGGGGAAUUACGAAGGUUGAUUGCUUGAACGAACUUUCAUCAUCGUUGGUUACUUCGAACAUUAUAUACAUAAAAUUCAUUUUUCUUUUAUAAUUGAUUCGUAAUGCUUUUUUUUUCAUCUUUCUGUUACAGUCAUCGCUAAAAAAUAAAAGAAAAAAAGAAUACUACAAACGAAAGCAUUAUUGCUUUUUAUUCCCGGAAAAUCUUAACAAAUGGAUCGACUGAAGUGCUCUCGACAAUUGUUUUUAUUGGAACAUAACUUCAAAUACUAAAGUGUGUCCUUCGUAAUCGUUAGUAUUAGUAAUGUAUUUAAAUGUAAAUUGUUCGUUUCAAGAUGAUUCGUAUUGGGAAGAAUCUGUAAAAUGUCUUAAAUCUAUAUUCGAAACACGGCACGUAUAUUUUUUUUUCUUUUUUUUCAAUACUCGGUAAAGCAUGAUUUCAUCUGUAGAUUAUUUUAUGUUAUUUGUGUUAACAUACGUCUAUUAUUCGUUAUUAUUUUUAAACUGCCUCGAAUGCAUUGCGAGAAUGAAAUCGAUGCAUAAAUUAAUUAUUGAUUUAUUGUUGUUAUUAAUAUCUAAUAAUCAUUAUUCAUAAUAACAAAAAUAUCUCUAAAAGCAUCAAGAGAUUUUAUAUAUUUUAAUUAUUAAAUAAGUUGAAGUUAUUAUUAAUAAUAAUAAAUUUAUUAAUAAAAAUUAGUUAUAAAAAUUAGUAAUAAUACAAAUUUUUAAAGAUUUCAAAUAAUCAAGAUUAUUUUAUUUGAUAUCUUUGAAAAUUUUUAAUUUUUAAUUACAUUCAAAGAAUUAUUUUAUUUAUCUUUAGGAAAUUUAGAGAAAGAGUUGAUUAAUUAAGCAUUCGAGGCUUUCUAAUUAUGCCAUUAAGUUGUAUAUUAAUUGCUCGGAUCUCGAUCCAAAAAGGAAUACAAUGCUAGCGAGCGCCAAAUCAAAUUUUCGUCAUUUGGCAGGAAGCCAAGACCACAAUUUGUAUAUACUGUCUUCUACUUUAUGAUAUAUUAUUUCUAUAAUCCAUUAUCUAUAUAUAUAUAUAUCCUUAUUAUUAAAUUAGAUCAAUUUAAACGUUAUAUAUAUAUAUAUAUAAUUGUUAAAAAAAAGUGUUUGAACGAUUCCAAAAGACUGUAUAUCGAAACGUGGCAUUGCGUCAUUUUAUCAUCGAUCAUUCAAUUCGUAUAUAUCAUUAUAUCAAUCAUUCUCUAAUACAAACGAUAUUCUGUAUAUAUAAGCAUUGAAUUCUUUUUUCUAUAAUUUUAUACAUAGAGCAACGAAUGAAAUGUGUUUCAAGUACCAAGAAUGCAUUUAUCGUUUUAAUUGUAAUGUCGUAAUUAUGUUAUAAUAAUUUUGUUGCAAAAUCAUUUUUGUUUUUUCUACUGAAUCUACUACCUUUUUAUAUUUAUGUCUACGUCAAUAAAAAUGAAAAUAACAAA